AUGUCGUCCGCUCACCAUGGUGAAGUGACCUCGGCUCAAGGCGGCAUUGGCCAUGCCAUCGCCGUUGCCCCCGCAGAGUCGAGAGACCUUGGCCACGAUGACUACGACGAAAAGAAGCAGCAAACGGAGGCCAAUCUUUCAGAGUUAGAGACAGGCUUGGAAGAGUCCUUGUCUUCGGUUGACUCGGAUGAGCCUCCCGAUGGCGGCACCGCUGCAUGGCUCGUCGUCCUCGGGGCGUGGUGCGCCUCGUUUGUUGGCUACGGCUGGAUCAAUAGUAUCGGUACGUUUCAGGAGUAUUACGAAUCUGGUCCUCUAAAAGAAUACUCAUCCAGUCAGAUUUCUUGGAUCCCGUCGCUUCAAAUCUUCUUCAUGUCCGCCCUUGGUCCCUUCAUUGGGUCGGUUUACGAUAGAUAUGGAAUUGGUCUCUUGAUCCCCGUUGGGUCAUUUCUGCACGUGUUUGGCCUGAUGAUGGCCUCUUUAUCAACCAAGUACUAUCAGUUCCUCCUGUCUCAGGGCAUCUGCAGCUCAAUCGGUGUUGCAUGCGUGUUCCUCUCCGCCCUGAGCACCAUAAGCGGCUGGUUCAGCAAACGUCGCGGGCUCGCAUUUGGCAUUCUAGCGACGGGCUCGAGUGUCGGCGGCGUCAUCUUCCCAAUCAUGGUGAGCAACCUCAUCCGCAAGGUUGGGUACGGCUGGGCAAUGCGUUCAGCGGCCUUCAUCAUCCUCGUUCUCCUCGUGGUUGCAAACUUGACCCUUAAGAUCCGCAAACGCCCCGUCAAAGCCAGCCUUUCGCGCCAAGCCAUGGCCGAGCCUUUCCGAGAGCCUGCCUUUCUGACGCUCCUUCUUGGACUCUUCCUCGUUCCGUUCGGCCUGUACAUCCCAAUCAACUAUAUGCCUGUAGCCGCUAUUGGUGCCGGUCUGGAUCAACAAAUGGCAACAAAUCUGGUAGCAUUUUAUAAUGCCGCAAGUGGAGUUGGCCGUCUUGGGUCUGGCUACAUAUCGGACAAAGCCGGCAAAUUCAACAUCUUCAUCAUCGCUUGCUACGUCUCAGGUAUCCUUAUUCUGGCCCUCUGGAUCCCAGCCAGCGGAGGGGUCGGAGUCAUUGUGUUCUCCGUCUUCUUCGGUUUAUUUUCCGGCGCCUAUAUCUCCCUGAUGGGUGCGCUCGUUGCACAAAUCUCGCCCCCGGAGCAGAUUGGCUACAGAAACGGCCUCACAUUCCUGAUUUCAGCGAUUGGCGGAUUGACCACGUCGCCCAUUGCCGGGGCGAUUCUCGAGAGCCCGACAGGAUGGACGGGAAUGAAGAUCUUUGCUGGUGUUUUGCUGCUAUCUGGUACCACGGGCAUUUUAUUCGCCAGAUUCCUCAAAACGGGCUUCAAACUGUCCGCUAUUUUCUAG